AGGGUAUAGUGGUAGACCAAUUCGGUACAUCCGGCAUCGCGCAAGCUUGCCCAAUAGCUGCGAUGGUGCAGCAAACAGAGUUGACCUCCAAGGGUGAGGAUGACUUGUACAUGCGGUUGAAGGAGCUGAAGAGGCAAAUGGAGUUUCUGGACAUUCAGGAGGAGUACAUCAAAGACGAAAUGAAGAACUUGAAGCGGGAAAUGAUUCGCGCCCAGGAGGAGAUUAAGCGAGUGCAGUCGGUGCCCCUCGUCAUCGGCCAGUUCUCAGAGAUGAUUGACCAGAGCCAUGGCAUUGUGUCAUCAACAGCAGGCUCCAACUACUUUGUCCGGAUCUUGAGCACCCUCAACAGGGAGCUUCUCAAGCCAAGCAGCUCGGUGGCUCUUCACAGGCACUCGCAUGCGGUGGUUGACAUUCUGCCACCGGAGGCGGAUAGCACUGUUCAGAGCAUGGCCAUGUCUGAGAAGCCGGACGUGACCUAUGCAGACAUCGGCGGCAUGGACAUCCAGAAGCAGGAGAUCAAGGAAGCGGUGGAGCUGCCCCUCACGCACAAGGAGUUGUACGCCCAGAUUGGCAUCGAUCCCCCGAGUGGAGUUCUACUCUAUGGCCCACCCGGCACCGGCAAGACGAUGCUGGCCAAGGCGGUGGCAAACAUGACCACGGCCACCUUCAUUCGCAUGGUCGGGUCGGAGUUCGUGCAGAAGUACCUGGGGGAGGGACCGCGGAUGGUCCGAGAUGUGUUCCGCUUGGCACGCGAGAAUGCUCCCUCCAUCGUUUUCAUCGAUGAGAUUGAUGCCAUUGGUACCAAGCGAUUCGACUCACAGACUGGUGCAGACAGAGAGGUCCAGCGCAUCCUGCUGGAGCUGUUGAACCAGAUGGACGGCUUUGACCAGGACACCACCGUGAAAGUCAUCAUGGCAACCAACAGAGCUGACACGCUGGAUCCGGCAUUGCUGCGGCCUGGCCGCCUUGACCGAAAGAUUGAGUUCCCUCUCCCAGACCGGCGCCAGAAGCGAUUGAUCUUCCAGACCAUCACAUCGAAGAUGAACCUCAGCGAGGAGGUUGACUUGGAAGACUAUGUCUCCCGACCUGAAAAGAUCAGCUGUGCGGACAUUGCAGCGAUUUGCCAGGAGGCUGGCAUGCAAGCGGUCCGACACAACCGCUACGUGAUCCUGCCAAAGGACUUUGAGGCUGGAUGGAAGGAUCAUGCCAAGAAGAAGGACAGGGACUUCGAUUUCUAUGGCUUCUGAGGGGCCAUUUCUCAGGAGCCUGUGUUGUCUCUGCCUGGUAUCCGCAUAGCAAGAUCUAUGGACAUGAUAGCUGUGAAGCCUUGGAAUUCCUCUUGUCCUCGUG